GAAUUAUAUGCGCAGGAAACUGAUGCUGAUUUGGUUUUGGAGCAUACGUAAAACAAUUUUCAUCCAGGAAUGAGUCCGGUUACGGGAGACAGAUGUGAAGAUGAAAAUGAGGUGGUGAUAAUUCUCACACGGGAGACGGGCAGCAACGCCAAGCUGCAAGAUGCGGUACUUGAGGGGAUACACCGACGUGAUGCAGAACUUGGACAGAAAAUCGCAGUGCGGUUCCUGGAAGCGCCGGCCGUGUGUUUCCGUCCGCUGCCAAUCGAGCGGAAGUUGCUCGAGGAAGCCGACGGAGAAAGAUGCUUUUCUUGGGUGUGCCUCACCUCGCCCGAGGCUGCGAGGCAAUUUUGUCGUGCGCUAACCGCAGACCCAGGGCUGUUUCUCGCUUCUCUCCUAGGUGGAACGACGGGCCGUGCGAGCGGAGAUGAAACCGCCACUGCUAAACAUGUUGAGGCGGCAAGGAUAGCCUGUGUGGGUGAGGCGACAGCGGAAGCGCUGCAAGUAGCUGUUGAGACGAUUUUUUCUUCUGCUGCAGGAAACGAAGCUGGUAGUACCAAUUCUGCUCCUGCCACACCCGCGCAGCGGCAAGAAAAAGUUGAGAAGCAGCUGCAAAAAGUCAAGCAGUGGGUGGAAACGCACAGUGCCGACUGCUUCAUUCCCCCAACCGCAAAUGCUAAGGCGCUCGGGAAAACGCUGCCGAUCCGAGGACAGAAGGAGCCUGUCGAUGGUGAGGGCUCCGCGCAUUUUCCAAAAAAUGUCAACCGAGUCCUUUUGCCCUGCAGUUCAGAGCAAAGGCCCGAUUUAGCGCAGGGAUUGACUUCGCGAGGCUUCGCCGUCGUGUCUCUCGCUACGUACGCUACGGGUGCGGUCGAAAGUCCUCCGUCGGAACUGGUGGAAAGCGGUUGCUUAUAUACAGGGCCGACACACACCGUCGUGCCGAAGAGCACCCGGCCCACGUGUUUGUGGACAUUUGCGUCCCCCUCCGCUGCGCAGGCGUGUUCGCGAUGGUGCGAGCAGGGGACAGAUUUGCAGACGGGCUCGGUGCAGGCCGCUGCCUGCAUAGGCGAAACGACUGCGGAAGCCUGUCGCAGGUUCUUUCCGCACGCAGAGGUUUUUUGUCCGGACGACAGUCCGGGGGUAGGUCCGUGGGCGGAGACAAUUCUAGCGUGGCUCGCUACUAAUACUAAACAUGGCAAAGAGCAGCGGACUGGAGGUUGUAGUGCAGGAACAAGAACUGUAGUAGAAAAUGAUGAUGUUCCGACGGCCCAAAUGAGGAAGGGGGGGGCCGCCGAGAGCGUCCGAACUGCGUCGGGGGGGCGUUGCACGAUAAGGCAAGCGGCUUAGCACGGUGCCGAGGGUGUUUGUCCAGGUGUCUAUGUGCCUAUGUAUAUAAUGGCUGAGCUGACUGCAUUUAGAUCGCCCCGGACCGGGGGGGGAGAGUAAGGCAACACCAUACCAACGGGGGGAGAUGGAAGGGCCGCGGAGGGUUGCGGGAGGUUGCGCUGGUUUCUGGGUCUACCCAGAUAGCCUCCUACCCGUACAUGCUUGCGCUACUUUAUCACUUUUCUUUUUUUAAAAAAAAGAAAACCUUGACGCUAUAUAAGCUCGAGGGAGUGAGGAAGCACUAUAGCAACGGGGGGAGAAGCGUUGCGGGGGGUUGCGCUGGUUUCUGGAUCUACCCAAAUACAGACCCACGCACACAGAUGCUACUAUAUUACUUCUUUAAAAAAUAAAAAAAAAGAAGGGCCGCAAUAUGCCCAGCAAAUCACAUAUAAGCGGCGGGGAGUAGGGAAGCGCGAUAGCAUAGCAGCGGGGGGGGAGGCGUUGUGGUGGGUGGCGGUGGGUGGCGGUGGAUUCGCGUGCUAUGUGUAUGUCUAUAUCAUAUAGAUAUAUAUACAUGUACAUGUAAGCACAGACUUUUCUAAUAUGCAUAUCUGCAUAUGCGGGGGGGGGAGGCUCGCGCGCACGUUUUCGCCCCUCGGUUCUUUUUCUUUUUUCAAAAUUGAGAAACACGCCGGAGACCCAUUGCGCUGCAGUUCUUGCACAAGUAGCAAAAAAAUGCCAAUCGCGAUGGUGUUGCACCUAUUUGCUCUCAUACCAGGAACAAGAACUGUAGAAGUAGAAAAUGAUGAUGUUCCGCCGGCCCAAAUGAUGAUGUUCCGCCGGCCCAAAAUGAUGAUGUUCCGCCGGCGUCCUUGCCAGGGGCGCCCGGACUAUGGCGACCGGCUUUGGCGGUCUCGCUGGUGCGUUUGGUGGUCGUGCGGUGCUGUUCGGCACGUCGCGUCGUAGUUGUUCCGUUCGGCGCGUCGCGUCGUAGCUGUUCUGGCCUUUUACCGUUUCCUUGAGGCGUUCGUCUUCAGACACGGCGGAGUGCUCGUCUGGAGUCGAAAAAAGGGGCCGCUGCGAACUCGAAAAGCCCGAAACCCGCUCGUGUCUGGAGACCAACGUCGCGACUGUUCGUCUUCAGACUGGGCGAGAUGCUUGUUUCCGGCCGUCAGCUAAACCGGUACCUCGUCUCGUUCCGGGGGCAAGGGUUAAGAACCGCUCGCCGGGCUUUCGUGUUCACAGCAAUGCGAAGUGGGGACUUUGCUAUUUGCUAGUGCGUCCUGCGCCCUGUUCUGCGUCCCGCGCCACUACUGCCUUUUACCGUUUCCCGGGGCCUAGAAGGACGGUAAAUGUUUGCGGCUGGAGAUGGUUGUUUGCUGCUGGGCGGGCUUCGUGGCGAGAAGCGGGUGGCGCAGGGAGUGCGCACUAUCGCGGUCGGCCUCGCUGGGGAUCGUUGCUGGUGUUCGUUUGAAGAUGUUGUUGGUGUGGGUGGACGCGUCAGUUCGUUGCAGCAGAGAAUCGCGACUCUGGGGGAAAAUCACCAGCAACAGGCCCCGAGCUCCCCUGUCGCGGUCGCUCGGACUAUGUCGGACUGUUCUGGGUCACUGCUCUCUUGUCGCGCUGCUGGUUGUCGCAAUCUUACAAUGCGGCCUGCACGCGUGUUGGAGGGGCUUGCUGGUGUGUGCUAACAGGUUUUCUUGUUGGAGAGUGAUAACAGAAGAAGAUGAAAGAUAAAUCACCAGCUUUAGACCCCGAGCGUCCUUGCCUAGGUUGCUCGUACUAUGACGGUCUGCACUGGGUCACUGGUUGUUAUCUUCUGUUACGCUAUUCGUGGACAUGCGGUAGUAGACGGUCUUGCCACGUGUGGGUUCUUGCGUCUCGUCCUAGCUCCUCGGCUUCCAUCCACCUGGGUCCACCUCCGUCCACGGUUUUCUCGCUUCGCUGCUGCUAGCAGAAUGCAAUCGUCCACGACAGUGCUGCAACGCGCGAGCAGAACCGCAACGGGAAGAAGUUGACGAAACGUCGGGACGUAAUGAACGAAAGAUAGGAGACAAGGGGAACACGACGGGGACCGGCGUGUAGCAAGGCCAGUCUCUAGAACGCGCGGGGGUUCAUCUUUUCUUUCAAACUACACAGGAUGUUAAAGUUCACCUACAAGUGAGAUCCGCCGGCCCAAAUGAGAUGAUGAUGUUCCGCCGGCCCAAAUGAGGAAGCUUUCUUGCGACGCCGAACUUCAAAGACACGCCCAUGUUGAUUCUUGACAGUUAGAAGAGCAGCCGCCAAACGAUGACAGCAAUUGCGAGCGAGGCGUUUGUUUCCUCGCCCGCGCCCUGUUGCUUCGCUCCGAUAUUUGAAUUUGACCACUAUCAGUUUGCAUGCAUUGCAGCACUUCUGCUGUAAAGUUUUUGUGGAGAUGAAGGUCGUGGAUCGCAGAAGAUCAAAAACGAGAACGCGCUGUCAUAAAGGGUUCUGAAAUUCAAAGUAAGUAGUUUUGGUUUGCACAAAAGGAAAUCUGAAAUUCAAUUCUCGGUUGAAAAAAUAAAUGCAACAUUCUCACCAGAUC